UAUAUAUUUAUGAAGUUCUUAUUUUUCUCAUCUAUAACAAAUUAUAACAUAUAUCAAUAGAGAGUAGUCCAUAAUGAAGAAAGGAGAACUAGUUUUCAUUCCUUUUCCAGUCGUAGGCCACAUCGUUUCAUCAUUGGAGAUGGCAAAGCGUCUUGUUGCCCGAGAUCAUCGUCUCUCCAUCUCAAUCCUCAUGUUAAAAAUACCAGGCUUCGAGCCCCUCAACAAAUCCUACAUACAAUCUCUCCUUGGCUCCAUCUUCGCCGAGCGCAUCAAAUUCAUCGAGCUCUCGGAAGUUGAUGAUAAACUCGACUCCUAUUCUAAUCUUAUUUCUCAUCAUAUCAAGUUCUUCACUUCAUUCUUUGAAAAUAUCAAACCCCACGUUCGGAACGCCCUCAAGAACCUUAUCGACUCCUUUUCGGCUCAACCCGACUCGCCUGCGCUGGCCGGUUUGGUCAUCGACAUGUUCUCCACUGCCAUGAUCGACAUCGCCGACGAGUUUGGCGUCCCCUCCUACGUGUUCUUCACGUCCAGUGCCGGGUAUCUCCGACUCAUGGAUCAUCUCGAAACCCUAAGUACAGGCCAAAACAGAGAUAUUAUUGCCGAGUACGAAGAUGAACCAGACGCAGAGUUUGUCGUUCCGGGUUUCGUCAACCCGGUUCCGGCCAAGGUCUUCCCCGAUGUGGUACUGGACAAGGUGGAUUCCCCCUUGAUUCUCGGUCAGUACAGAGAUAUGAGGAGAACCAAGGGAAUUUUGGUAAAUACGUUCGUGGAGUUAGAGUCCCCCACGAUUGAUUUCUUAACUAAAGACAAACUAUUCCCGCCAAUCUACCCAGUGGGACCGAUAAUAAGCCUUAACCCUAGCCAGAGCCAGAAAGAAACAGAAAUCGUGACGUGGCUAGAUAGCCAGGCUCCAUCUUCGGUGGUGUUCCUGUGCUUCGGGAGCGUGGGAAGUGUCAAUGGGGAGCAAGUAAAGGAGAUAGCCAUGGGAUUAGAGCUGAGUGGGGUUCGGUUUCUGUGGACCUUAAGGAAGCAAGGUCAGUCAACUGAGUCAGAAGACUACGCGGAUUUGAACGAAGCUCUUCCGGAGGGGUUUCUUGAUCGAACGGCUGAGAUUGGAAGGGUCAUAGGGUGGGCUCCGCAAGUGACUGUAUUGGCUCACUCCUCUGUUGGAGGGUUCGUCUCGCACUGCGGUUGGAACUCAACCCUCGAGAGCUUGUGGUUUGGGGUUCCAAUGGCGACGUGGCCUUUGUAUGCCGAGCAACAAAUCAACGCCUUCGUGCUAGUCAAGGAGUUAAGAUUGGCGGUGGAGAUCAAGUUGGACUAUAGGAAAAGCUUCGAUGAAGGGACUGUGAUUGUGAAAGCUGAAGAAAUAAAGGUUGGGAUUCUAAAGUUGAUGGAGCCUCAUAAUGAUGUUAGGAAGAAAGUGAAAGAAGUUAGUGAGAAGGGAAAGAAAACCUUAAUGGAAGGUGGGUCCUCGUACUCUUCGCUGUGUCGUUUUAUAAACGUUGUGUUUGAUAAUAUACCUUAAUCAUGUAUAAAUAUAGGAUUAUAAGUUUAAUCCGCAUAGUACGAAAAUAAAUUUGAGAUAAAAAAUAAUAAGCUAGCUUCUAGCUUCCACCA